AGAGAGAGAGAGAGAGAGGGAGGGAGAGAGAGAGGCGCGACGCGACACAAGCUCGUGGGGGAAACCAAGAAGGAGACGUGGACAAUGGAUUCGCGAACGAAAGGACUUUCCGAUGAUUAAAGGAUUAAAGGUCUUCGAUGAACACGAGACACCAGGAGGAGAAGCAGAGGGCUAUGCUGUUUCUGCUCGUCUUUACUGCUGUUUGAUUAACCAUGAUGAAGACUGAACCCCCAUCUGCAGCCAGCGGCAGCACUGGCACCACCCUUGUAGCAAGAAGCGCAUCGCCGCACAGGAACGCCUAUGAAGCUGGAAUUCAAUCUCUCAAGCCGGUAAAAGAUUCCAGUGCUGCUAAGGGCGAGGAGGGGAAACCUCGACCCCAGGGCUGGGGCCGCAGGUACGGCUCCAAUGUGCAUCGUAUCAAGAAUAUGUUCAUGCAGAUGGGUUCUCCUGGAGAUGAAGAGGAUCCGUCGAAGGCCAAAGACCAGUCCAUCCGACUCUCCCUCCCCAGAGCGAGCAGUCUGAAUGAGAACGUGGAUCACAGCGCGCUGCUCAAACACGGCGGGACUGUGUCAGAGCGAGUUAGCCGCUUCGAUGGAAAGACCGAUGGUGGCAGCUCCCGUGGACCAUCCACAGGCUUCUCCAAGCUACAGGAGACAAGGAAGAUAUUUGAGCAACGUCACCUGCAGGAGAAGCAGGCUGCGACUAAUCGAAUCCUGUUGAAAAAAGAGCGGGCAUCAGGCUUCCAAGACAGCCGUUUGGAUGUGGUGGUGCGCUUCAACGGCAGCACGGAGUCAUUGGACAAACUGGACGCGGGGGACUGUCGCGCUGAUGCAGUGUCCCCAACAGUCAGCCAACUGAGCGCAGUGUUUGAACGGGCCGACCAGCGCAACAACCUAUACCGACCGUCCUCAACCUCCCCGCUGCCUUCUACCCCAGCCAAGGUGGGAGGAAUCAGCUCCAAAGUUGUCACUAGAAAGACACAAGUCUCCCCUCCAACGGAGAACCAAGAGGAGGGAGCUCAGCGCAACGACCAAGAGGCUGCACCUGGGAGUUCGAAGAGUAGAACAAGCAUCCAAGCUGAUGGACCCAAAGGCAAGCGAUCCGAGGAUGUGGCUGCUGGUAUGGAUUUAGAUAAGUCUAGGUCAGAAGAGGGUUCCAAACUAGAGGAGCAUGCAGCACCAGGAGCACCGAAUGCUGGGAGCAGACUGGUACAGGCGGAUGUCCACGCCUCUCUGGAAAAUGGAGAGGCCACCAGCAGCCAUGAGCCCUCAGAACAAAAGGAGGAAAUCGGACAGGCCGGCGCCGAGGAGGAAUCCCACAGAGAGGAUAUCUCAGAAGCAGACCUGGUGGACAUCAGCGCGUACAGCGGGAUCGGAGAGGACUCUGGUGGGAGUCAGCUGGAUGAAGACGAGGAGGCUGAGGAUGAUGAUGCUUACGAACCAGAAUCCAGCUGUUCAGAAAUCCCCGGGCUGCCUGUGGAAGAUGAACCACCCCCCAGCAGGAAGAUUCGUUUCAGUAUAAACCCCAUCAUGGUCUUCACCACAUACUCGAACGAGGACUACGACAGGCGUAAUGAUGACGUUGACCCCAUGGCGGCUUCGGCCGAGUAUGAACUGGAGAAGAGGGUGGAGAGACUGGACCUUUUCCCCGUCGAGCUGGAGAAAGAUAAAGACGGAUUGGGAAUCAGCAUCAUCGGGAUGGGUGCCGGCGCAGACAUGGGCCUGGAAAAACUGGGAAUCUUCGUCAAGACAGUGACGGAAGGAGGAGCCGCCCACCGAGACGGAAGGAUCCUGGUGAAUGACCUGAUCGUGGAGGUGGACGGAACCAGCCUGGUGGGCGUGACCCAAAAUUUUGCUGCGGCGGUCCUCAGGAACACCAGCGGCACUGUCAAGUUUGUGAUUGGCCGGGAGAAGCCGGGGGAACAGAGUGAGGUGGCCCAGCUGAUCCAGCAGACACUGGAGCAGGAGAGAUGGCAGAGAGAAAUGAUGGAGCAGCGCUACAACCCCUACAUGGAAGAAGACGAAGUGACGGGUGAAUAUGCCACCGAUGAAGAAGAAGAGAUGAGUCCCAUGUUUCCUAACGCCAUCGAGGUGUUCGAGCUGGCGGAGAAUGAAGACAUGCUCUCUCCUGUGGAGAUGGACCCAGAGAAACUUGCACACAAGUUUAAGGAGCUCCAGAUAAAACAUGCUGUGACCCAGGCUGAGAUCCAGCAGCUCAAGAAGAAGUUGGCUCACGCUGAGCAGGAUAAGCUGCGCUGGCGGAUGGAGAGGGCUCAGCUGGAGCAGACGGUGAGAGAGAAUAAGGAGCGGAUGGAGAAGCUGGAGGGCUAUUGGAUGGAGGCUCAGAGCUUAUGUCAAGCGGUGGAUGAGCACCUGAAAGAGACGCAGACGCAGUACCAGACACUGGAGCGCAAGUACAGUAAAGCCAAACGCCUCAUCAAAGAGUACCAGCAGAAAGAGAUUGAGUAUUUGAAGAAGGAGACGGCCCAGCGCAGAACACAAGAGGAGUCAGAGGCCAGCCACAAGGUGGAGACAGAAAACCUCCAGGAGAAGAUUACUGAUUUGGAGUCAAAGGUUGGCACUCUGAAGAGUUUGGAGCCGUCGUAAACCUUCCUCUGUGGAAAUGACGGAGAGAAUGACAGAAAUGCCUUGAACUCCGCCCACUCUACCCUCCGACCACAUUUUCCCUCCAUGGCCUGAAGAGCCAGGAAACAUGCUGAGGGGAUGUUACCGGGGACAAAGAGGGGACAAAACACACUGUACCAGUCGCCUGAGGGACGUCUAGCCAUCAGGAGGCCCUUUUUAUAGUCAUUUAGUCAUGUUCUCCGUUUCUUUUUAAGCGCCCUUAAAGGUAUUAUGAGCCUCUCUGCUCUCGGCAGGAAUGUAAAACCUCUUCGUUAAUAAACGUUCACUCACGUGCUUGCAGGAGAAGAGCGAAACGGUUGCUGGAUAAAGACAGCACGGGUGCCCACAUGCACCCUUAAUAAGUGUAGGACUGGAGCGAGAGGCGGCCUGUAUAGCAGUGACUGACAAGAGGACUGUUUGUAUAUAUUCUGGCAUAUAUUUAAAUAUUAAAACCGCUUAAGCAAUGUGCCGGGGGGGAGGAGAAGGGGUAAGGGCUUUCUUUACUUUUCACGUCUAGACAAAUCAUACAGUGAAAAUGAAUCCAUUUUUUCAUGGCAAAAGAGAGGAUUUUUAAGAAAAAUUGGAAAACAGGGUGUGAAAAGUGUAGUGUUAGUAGAGUUAGCAUUCAGGGGCUUCUCAUGUUUGCUUUCUGUUUAAAAGACGUCUUAAUGGAAAUAGAAUGAAUAGGGGCUUAUGGGUGAUGUUUCUUCAUUAAGCAUCACGUUGUGCUUUAACUCCAGUGAUUGUGGUUAGGUGGUACAGUGCUCAUGUGCCUCGGUCAACCCUGCAGUGUCGUCUGACUCUGUGACGUGACAGAGGAAGACUUCUGCAUCAAUCAGAAAUAUGGCCUUGUUUAAUUGCUACCCGAAACCUUUCACCAGCCCUCUGUGUUUAAGCAGGCUUGUAGUGUGUUUACUCCAAUGAGCCACAGUAAGUGCACUCAGACUGCACUACAGAGAGUCCAGGAGAAUCCUAAAGUUUUCCGCUUAAGUCCUCCUCUGUCUGAUUCAUUCAGUAUUAUCAUUCCAUAUGAUGUGGGAUCUCAUUUUAGUUGGGUUGUGGUGUUAUAAGCCACCUUUGUCUUCGUUAUGUUGUGUUAUAAGUGUUUUUGUUUUUUAUUGUACUCCUGGGAAAACUGGAAUUCUGAAACAGGAAUUUGAGACCUCGAUUAUAUGUCCCCUUUUUAAACUCAAAUCCACAGAUGAUCUCAAGUUUGGCAUGUUAGAGACACUGAGCCUCAUUCAUAGGACACGAGCAGAAUUAAGCGGUGAAAUGUUCGUUAAACCACUCUUGGGGGCCGUUCACACAGAACAGAAGAGAACGCCUUCUGUGUGAACGGCCCUCAGUCUGUGGAGCGCAGAUUAUUUUCUUUAACUGAAUCAGAUAGUUGUGUCUUGUUCUCACUGUUGGGCCUCUUACAUCAACCAUAAUACUGAAAGAGAAUCAAGUUGUUUUUUCACAUGCCAAAAAAACUCUUAUUCUAGGCUCAGUAUUGAAAACCUUAAGAGCAUUGGAGUUCUUCCCAUUUCCCUCUUUAAAGUGUUUAAGUGUUGUUCAGCUUUUUACAA